AUGCCGACAACACGUUCCGGGGCAAGUAAAGAGGCUAGUGUGAAUGAAGGAGAUAGCGAUAACGAAGAGUUUGAAGAAACGAUUCUUCAGCAGCCUACAGCAAAUAUGGCUGGGCAACAAUCGCUCGAAAUUCGGCUAACUGAGAUUUUGCGGCAAGUUCAAAGCAUUCAAGAAGAGCUUCGGCAAAGUAGGCAGGUACAGGCGAAUGCGGCUAAUGAUAAUGGAAUUAUUACAACAGCAUCCAGCGUAGUAGGUCAUUCGCAAGGUAGUUCACAACUAGGAUUAACACGCAAGCUAUAUGAUUUGCCAGAGUUUGAAGGGCGUCCAGAGGACUGGCCCAUGUUUAGGGAAACCUUUUUAAUGACCACUGCAGAGUACCAAUAUACUGAUACACAGAAUAUGAUUCGGUUACAAAAGGCAGUUAAAGGAAAGGCUAGGGAAACUAUCGAGUGUCUGUUAAUCCAUAGUAGGAACGUGUCGCAAAUUAUGAAGGUUUUGCAGGAGCGUUUUGGGAAGCCGGAAUUGCUGGUAAAGAGUCAGAUAAAUAAAAUAAGAAAUGUGGCGCCGAUCUCAGAGAGUCGCAUCGAACAGCUUGUGGGAUUUGCGACUAAGGUGCAAAAUCUGUCUUCGUUCCUGCAGGCAGCUGAUUGCGACCACCACUUGUCUAAUCCGACGCUAAUGGAAGAACUCCUGUUGAAGCUGCCCAUACAGAGACGCAUCGAAUGGGCACGUUACGCUUCGUCAAUUGUACCGCGACCAACAAUCUGCCAUUUUAGUGAUUGGUUACAGGAGUUGUCAUCAAUGGUGAACUCGGCCUGCGUAUACUCUAGCUUAGAACCGCGACAAAAUAGACCCGAAGGGCGUUCAAGAUUUUUCCACGCCAACGAGGCUAGUGGUGAAAAUUCUGGGCGAAUUAGGUGUGAGGCAUGUGCAGAUAGGCACGCGAUUACUAAGUGCAGAAGAUUCCUGAACAUGGAGCACGGGGAUAGAUGGCGCCUAGUUCGUCGCAAAAAGCUUUGUUUUAAUUGUCUAAAGGGAAGUCAUCGCAGCAACAACUGUGGUGAAGAACAUGAGUGCGGUGACAGGCACUGUACAAAAAGGUGGCAUGUACUUCUUCACGAGUCCAGUGGCAGAGCACAACAGUGGCAGUCAGCGCCACCGCAGCAAGCGUCGCAGCCGACUUCGCGGUACGCGAUACAGCAAACGUUGGCAUCGACAGCAGAACAGGCGGUUCAGCAGAAACGGGCAGCGCAAGAAGCAGUACAGCAAGUUUUUACAAAUACGGUAGCACCCAGUCCCGCCCCGAAAUUGUUAUUUAAGAUACUUCCAGUGGUAUUGUACGCGCAUGGUAGAAAAGUCAAUAGCUACGCGUUCUUCGACGAAGGGUCCGCCAUAUCCUUAAUGAACCGCGAUCUGGCAACCCGCCUUGAACUGCAGGGAAGCAGUGAUAACUUGACCCUGCAGUGGUUUGGCAGCACGACCGUUACGGAGCGUUCCUGUAGAGUAGACGUUCACAUCUCCGGCGUUGGGCGUAACAGCAGCAAAUUUCUGAUGCGUGAUGUUCGCACGGUUGAAAAUCUUCAGUUGCCAAUGCAGUCGCUUAGCCUGGCAGAUCUUCAUUGUAAAUAUCAACACUUACCGAUCCUACAAUAUAACGAUGCUGUACCAGAACUAUUGAUAGGUUUAGACAACGCACAUCUUGGCAUUCCGAAGCGAACAGCAUACGACGGUAGAAGAGGACACGCAGUAGUGCUGACGAAGCUUGGAUGGGUUAUUUAUGGCACGGCGGGCCCCCUAGCUCCUUACUCGCGGUAUCACACAUUGUUUGCACAAGUCGGCGAGACGGAGAAUAUGACCGACAACAUGGAAAAUCUCGUGAACGAUUUCAUAACUAAUGAGAACAUGGGCGUAAGUACGGCGAAGCAGGUCGAAGCUAAAGACUUGUUAAGAGCGAAGAAAUUAUUGGAAGAAACCACUAAGCGCGACGGGAUUCGAUUCGAAACGGGUUUGCUGUGGAAGCGAGACGACGUGGAGUUGCCGGAGAGCCGAAAGAUGGCCGAAAAUCGAUUUUUUGCGUUAGAAAGGAAGUUCAAGAAGAACGACAACCUGAAGAAAGCAUACGCUGGAAUCAUUUCUGAAUAUCUGGCAAAGGGCUAUUGCCGGAUGCUGAGUAAGGAGGAAGCCGCAACAAUAAUCUCUGGCAAGCGUCCUGAUGAGAAACCGGUUGGAGUGUGCGCUGAUAUUGUGGAAAUGUUCCACCAAGUGAAGAUUCGACACGAAGAUUUGGCAUCGCAACGCUUUUUAUGGAGAUUUGAUCCCGGAGCGCCAAUCGAAGAAUACGUGAUGAAUGUGAUGGUAUUCGGAGCUACUUGUUCGCCCUGCUCAGCGCAGUUCGUCAAGAAUAAAAACGCAGAAGACUUUAAAGAACAGUUUCCAGAGGCUGUAGCGGCGAUCGUAAACAAUCAUUACGUAGAUGAUUUUGUGCAUUGUUUCUCCAGUGAGGAUGAGGCCUUUACGGUGACAAAUCAGGUUGUCCGCAUUCAUAAGCGCGGAGCUUAA